CUCCAGCUUCGAAUAAGUAAAAUAUAUAACAUUGCAAAAUACAAAAUACUGUGGUAAAUUGGCGGAAAUAUAUUCUAUGGAAGCGGUUUGCUUAUCAUUCGAUUAUCUUCAAAAUCAUUUUCAGCGAUCUUUGGGAAAAUUAAUUACCGAAAAUUAAAAAAAGAAAUUAAAGAAUUUGUUUACCGAAUUAAACACAUUUUGAAAGAUCUUGGGGAACAUUUAUUGGAUACGUCAAAAUUUGCGGAUCCGCCUUAGACUCAUUUUCAGAGAUCUUUGUUAAAUUUGAUUUAAUACGUUUUUAGCUAGAAGUGAAGUGUAAUAUAGUAGAGAAAAAAUGAAAUAUACCAGGGGCGGAAACUGGGUAAGAGCUAAUCUAUAUUAUAUCUGAUUUUGUGCAUCGAAGACCUCAUAAUUUGCUUAGCAACAAAGGCUUAACAUCCAAAUUUGAUUGUUUCCAUGGCGACAAUGGCUUGGCAACGGCGUUUAUUAGCUUGCUUGUUUUUAUUUCAUUUAUUGCACCUUGGUAACUGAAUUAAUGAAUGUUUAGUCGUAUUGGAUGGUAUUUGAUUUUAAACCAUCCAGGCAUGUGCAAAGAAAACUAAAAUUCAAGAUGUGCUUGAAGAAUUUGUAUGUUUGUAUUUUUUUUUACGUCAAUUAUAAUUUCUUAUACAUGUGUGUAAAUAGCGUAGAUGCACCAUUUAUACAUAUACCCGGCAAUGGAAUUAUAUCUGGAACCUAUUUAAAAAUGUACCGAACUCAAAAUAUAAAAGCCUACUUGGGCAUCCGAUAUGCACACGCAGCCAGAUUCUCUCCGCCUGACAUUGAAUUGCCACCAUGGAAAGGAAUCUUUAACGCAACUACAUUUGCAUCGAGUUGUUGGCAACAAGCCCGGCCAACAAUGAAUGUGCAAUUAGAGAAAGUGUUAGAUAUUAUAUCAGGCAAAAAUAUUAACGAACCGCGCAUAAAGAAAUACGAGGAGAAUUGUUUACAUUUGAAUGUAUUUGUACCUGCCGGACCACCUGAAGUUGACGGAUAUGCCGUAGUUGUUUGGAUACAUUCCGGAAAUUUUUCAAUGGGCAGCCCAUACGACAUUGAGCCAUUUCAACUCGUUUUCAAACAAAAAGUUAUAGUUGUUACAUUUUCAUAUCGACUAAAUAUUUUUGGGUUUUUUUCAACUGAUGAUGGUGAGGCUCAAGGCAAUUUUGGACUGAUGGAUCAGUCGGCUGCACUGUACUGGGUAAAGAAAAAUAUUAAUUAUUUUGGAGGUGACGAGAAUCGGAUAACAUUAAUGGGCCAUGACGCAGGAGCUGUCAGUACCGCAUUGCAUAUGACAUCCGGGGAAUGGUCAAAGGGAGCCUUCCACAAAGCUAUUAUAAUGUCCGGUAAUCCUUUAAGCUCUCUUCGAUUACCACAUGAAUUCAAUGACGAUUUGGAUAAAAUAUCAAAUAUAUUCGGAUGUGCUCGAAGACCAACGUCAAUUUUUAUUCAAUGUCUUAAGAGAGUUGACGCAAAAAUUAUAUCUGAGAAUCUACCGUCAAUUCAAUGGGGUCCCAUUGUGGAUUCUGGAUUGAGUAAUACAUCAUAUCCAUUUAUCGAAAACCAGCCGGAAGCGUUAUUUAGGAGUGGAACUUAUCAUAAAGUACCAGUUAUUGUUGGCAUUACUGACAUGGAGGAUGUUCUUACAAUUUUGAAGGAAUACAUUUCAUUAGAGCUAAGUCCAGAGGAUCUUACAAAUUUUUUUUCAGACAUAGCAUUAAAUGAUGUUUAUAAACUAAGGGGUAGCAAUCAAUGGUGCACAAACUUUCCCAUUAUUUCUGAUGCAAUAAGCUUUAUGUAUUCUGAUAAAAAUAAUGCUGACCAAAUGACUAUUAAUACAAAUUUAAUCAAUGCUCAUACGGAAAAAUCCUAUAUAACUCCAUUAGAAAUGUUUGUAGACAUUGUAAGUAUGCAUCAAAAUGUUUAUAGUUAUAUAUUUAAGUUUCGGUCAAAAUCUAUUCGUCCCGAUCUACCAAGUUGGAUAGGAGUACCAAAAUAUUUUGACCAGAUAUUUGUUUGGGGUAUUCCGUACGUUAACAAUAUUAUUGAGUGGAAUUCAACCGAUAAAAAAAUGGCAGACAUUAUUAUGACAUUAUGGGCGAAUUUCGCUAAAACAUCGAAUCCUACCAAGUCGAACGUAUAUGUUAAAUGGAGCACAAUAUCGCCACCCAACUAUUCUUAUAUAAUAAUUGACGAACGAUUUAAUACAGGCUAUUUUGCAGAUAAUCAGAAAGUACAGUUUUGGAAAAAUUUGUAUCCUAAAAUUCUCAAUUUCGCAACAGAAUGCUGCAAUUCUACAAAUGCAGGAAUAACAAAACUAAUCCCCUACACAAUGAACAUACGUUUAUGUUUCUAUAUAAAUAUGUAUAUAUAUAGUUUUUACAUGUACAUAUUUUGAAUAACAUUAACAAAACUGUCGAGUUGUUUACAAAUUGUUUUAACAUUAAUAAAAAGUAUAAAAAUCGCAUACGUUAAGUCCUUUUUUAACAACCUUUACUCGUCUAUGGGGGCGCCAUCCACAUCCAUAGCAAAAUGCGUGCGCUUGGCACUAGCUGCCACAUGUAUGAAAUAUGCUUUAUAAAUACAAUCAAACGAUUUCUAAUUCUUAAGUUUAUUAUAAUAUUAUCAAUGAUUAGAGA